AUGGGAAUUCAGGGCUUACUGCCCCUGGUGCAGCCUGCGAUGCGCAAGGUGCAUAUGCGGGCCUUUGAGGGCAAGCGUGUGGCCAUCGACGCCUUUAGCUGGUUGCACCGCGGCGCGUAUGCCUGCGCCAUGGACCUUGCCCUCCGCAAGCAGACUGACAUGCAUGUGCGAUUCUGCAUGAAGCGGAUUGCGCUUCUCAAACAAUGUAAUAUCACCCCAAUCAUGGUCUUUGAUGGGCAGCCUCUGCCCUCAAAACGCAACGAGAACCAGCGCCGCACGGCACAGCGGCUAGAGGGCCGCAAGCGUGGCCUGGCGCUCUUGCGCGAGGGCAAGCGAGCCGAGGCCCGUCGUCAGUUUUCUCAAAGCAUCCAUAUUGAUGGGGCCAUUGCCUUUCAGCUCAUCGAAGCCUGCCGCAAAGCUGCCAUCGAGGUUCUUGUUGCCCCAUACGAGGCCGACGCCCAAAUGGCCUUUUUAGCCCACAGCGGUUAUGUCGAUGCCGUUCUCACCGAGGACUCGGAUCUCAUUGUCUACCAAGUUCCCUGCAUCAUUUACAAGCUCGAAGAGAGCGGUGAAGCCCAGCUUAUGGAAGUCAACCUGCUUUAUCGUGGUGCUCAACUGGACAGCAACAUCAAUUUUGCAUCUUGGACCCCCACCAUGUUUCGCUGGAUGUGCAUUUUGGCCGGCUGUGACUACCUGCCGUCGGCCGCUCGCAUGGGCAUCAAGAGUGCCUACCGAAUCGUCCGAACUUCUCGCAGUAUUGCUCAGAUUUGCAAGACCAUGUCUGCCCAAGGCUUUGCAGGAGAUGCCGAGUACAUGCGUGGAUUCGUCAAGGCGGAAAACACUUUUCUGCAUCAAGUCGUUUUUGAUCCUCAAACUCAGCAGCUACGCUAUCUCACGGCUUGGCCCGAGGGAUCGGAUGGCAGUCAACACAACUAUGUUGGCGAGCUGUUUGAAAACGAGCUGGCACGCGCAAUUGCCUGUGGUGCCUUGGACCCCAUGACGCACCGUCCACACCAAAGCCACGCUGAGCGGUCCGCUGCAACGGCCUCAGCCAAACGCUCGGCCAACCAAGCCCAUCACAAUGACAGGAGUCAACUCGCAGACGCAGACGCUGGUGCUGGCAACGGCUCCACUGCUGGAUUGCAUCCUUCUGCGGCCGCGGUAGCGGCCCUACCCGUGCCACAAGUCGCAGACAAGGCAUCGGCUCGCGAUUAUCUACGGCAGUUUGAGCACGGCACGGCGCAGAGUCGUACUCUGGAUGCCUUUGUCGUCACGCGUUCCUCUCGUGCUGUCAUUGCUAGCUCCGCACCCCGGGCUGGGUCUCCAGUACCCCGGUCUUCAGGGCAUGCCCCAAGUGGCCUGAGUUCGACACCGCCCACCUCUCCUACCAAGCGUCGAACGCUCCCAGCGCUGCGCAAGGCCGUCAGCCAGGACGGACAGACCAAAACGUCAGCCGAUGCCUCCGCCUACCUACAUCUACAGGCCAGCGCCAGUGUGACUCGUGGCUUCAAGCAACCCCAAAGUGCCCUGCUUCGGACCAAGCAGGAAAGCACGUCGGUGCCCUCACUCCCUGCUCGUCCAGUCAAAAGGUGA